AUGGCUUCGGUGUCGGGUUGGCGACGCCUCGGUCAAAACAGAGCACCCUCCACAUGCGUGACCGACGUCAAGGCGUUGCCAGUCUUGGAGUACAAUGUCCCAAAAUAUCCAGUUACUGGACGAGAACGAAUAACAAUCCCCGAUUCAGGUUCUCACCGAAUUCACGGAGUCGAGGAGGAGGGACUGGUAUACCUUCCAUUCCCUCUGCCGCGUGAAGGGCCAAGAUGCAGUAGUAGUAGCAGCUCGAGCGAGGAAGACCCCCAAAACCAGACACCGGAAAAGGUCGAGAGGCAACCCAAUCGAAAGAAGGCAAUGAUCGACGCGAGGGACCCGACAACUCUAAUUCUUUGCUUCUCAGUUGCUACAUUGGCGGGGUGGAACGUACACUGCAAGAGCCAUGCCCUGAUUACCAAGAGAAGACAUAUAGAACUGAGUAUAGGUCACGCCGUUGCUGUUGGAGUUUACAUUUCAUUAAGGGUACCGCGCAUCACAGCGGUGAUCUUCAAUUAUUACACGCGUACAAGCCGCGGUGCCACGGUCUACAGCCCUCACAUCGCAAAGAUAAUUGGCAGGAUGCACUGCCACACCCAUAAAUCACAUGAAGAGAGAGUGGCGCAAAAUGCUGCGUCAGCGUCAAGCGCCACGACUGCGUACUGGACGCCCGAGGGAGCGAUGUUCAGACGUAGAUCCUUCAGUUCCGCAACCGCAAUGACGAGAAACAAGACGGUCGAAGCUGAGGCGGAAGCCAAGAGAGUAUGGGACCCCGAUGGGCAGUUUGCUCCAUUCAAUGACCGUCCAUUUCAGCCCUUUAUGCCCCCGACCGCCUUGGAUCAAUGCGGCCAUCUCGACCAGCGAUUGGGACAGAUUCUCCCCACCCACAAGAACUUGCAACCCGAGGAGCGGAUGCUGAGUUGGUCAAAGAUGGCUUGCUCGGUGGCGAAGAACAACGGUCGUGGCGCUGUACGGAGUAUUGUGUUGGUUGCUGUCGAGACUACGGGGGAACCCCUGUUCCAACCUGUCGCCAGCCGAAAACUCGAUCUGAGGCUAAGCCAUCGUGGGCCGUAUUCAGCGGUAUCUGGUUUCUCGCAUACAUUUGAAUGUAAAGUGGCUAUCUGCAAGCCUUGCGAUAGCUCAAACUUGAGCGGAUCAAGACCUGAAAAAAGGGCUGGCCGAGAAUACGGAUACCGACGAGUCGACGAGUCGGCAACCGGUAAGGGUUCGCGACGCUUGUUCAGACUCCCUGCAGUCGCGGGGGCCCUAUCAUUACUCAAGCGCCCAACAGAAACGGUUCAGGAUGCUUCUCAAUGGGCAGCGGCCUACCUGAGGUACCUCAUGUUUUGGAUCGGGUUGGCAACGGGUGGCCGGAUGGCAGCGUUUGCGAGACGGCAGUUGUCACUGAAGGCCGCAAAGCCAGACGUUUGCAUGGCUUUUCCCAGAACCGGCGAUCAAGUUUCAUCUGCUGAGGAGAUUUCCUACUGCCCCAGCCUCUUCGUGCGAAUCCCCUGA